AUGUUGAAGGCACUCACCGCCAGGUGCAGCUCGCACGUCUACAUCGGGGCCCACCUCCGCGGGCACGCGCCUGCCAGAGUGCCCGCGUCCCCAUUGCUGCGGGUUUUUCGAUGGCAGAAGAGAAGAAGUCUAUUUUAUUUGAGGAGGUUCCUUUGCUCCGACUCCUCCGAUGGGAAUGGCCCAGUCGACUCAACCUGGUCGAAGACUAAGUACAUCGAGGUGGGUGAAGAGGCGGCAGAAUCGAAGUCCUCAUCAGCGAUUGUGCCUACUGUUGUUAGACCGAAAGACUGCCUCACGAUAAGAAAUGGAGUUCUGUGCAAUGUGAUGUAA